CAUGAUAGUCUGAGAAUGAUCAUGGCCGCAAAUAGCCAGCAGCUUCAUCGCCGUGUGCGCCAAAUCCAAGAGCAGCUCACCAAAUUGGCCGACGCCAAUGCUCCCUGCCAUGAGCUCGCUGCUCUUCUGAACGAAUACCGCGCCGCGUGCGAGAGCGCCAUUUUCGCCGACUUUGAGUCUGCCUCCUCCCACCAGAUCGAGCAGCAGCUGUGGAACGCCCACCUCCAAGUCAACACCGCCUUGCGCAAACACCUUCGCACUGCCAGGAAGCACAAAGAGCGCGUCGUCGAGUUGCGGAAGCUUCACAAGACGUACCUGCAGUUCAUCAAGACUAGCCAGCGCUUCUACCGCCUGUUCAUCCUCAAUCUCGAUGCCCAAUUCGAUGGCAUUCCCGAGCUUCGACGAGUCGCCCUCCGCUGGAAAGACGAUGCUUCCCGCCCCUCCUCGCGCCGCUCCAUUGCCGCCCACCUAAAGACCCAUGUCUUACAAUCAUGUCACAACACUCUGAUCCAGCUCGGUGACCUCUCCCGUUAUCGAGAGACAGAGCUGGGCGACGACAAGGACCGCAACUGGGGCCCCGCUAUAGGAUAUUACGGCUUAGCCGCGGACAUCUACCCCGACUCUGGCCAUUCCCAUAAUCAACUGGCUGUCAUUGCCCGUGAAGACGGAAACCAUUUCCGUUCCGUCUAUCACAUCUAUCGCUCCUUAUCUAGCAAAAUUCCAUACCCGCAGGCCAAGCAGAACCUUGAAGUCGAGUUCAAGCGCAUCGUUCAUGCUUGGGACAAAGGCGAGCUGAUCAACAAUCAGAGAUCUCCCGAUGGCAAUGCCGUCAGUCGCGCCCUUAUUGCUUGGUUUGUCCGUCUGCACAGCAAAUGCUACAAGGGCGAGGAGUUCAAAGAACACGAUGAAUUGGAGGGAGAGGUUCUCAGCCAUCUUGCUAUCGAACUGAAAGAGCAUUCCUUGGAUUCGAUUUUGCAGAAGAUCAUCUUGAUCAACCUUGCCGCUGAAUAUUUCGCCUCUUUUCAAAUGAAGGGCCAAAACGCGCCCCCUAACAUUUUGAAAACGUAUUUCUAUUUCCUGAGGUUGAAUGUUAAAACCUUCUUCACUCUUCUCCAAGUCAUCCAGCCGGAGCUCGAGCGCCUUUCCGAAGGAUACGACGUCACCAAACACGGCGACCGGGAGCCCCAGUUAUCGGAUAAGAUCACCGUGGUUGCUCGUCGCGUACUUCCUGGGCUCCGUUUGUAUAGCACCUGGUUUGCGCGCUUCUGGCCUGUGCUUCAAGCAAACUUGGCCGAUACCCUGACCAAGGUCGAGGUGCAGGAACUAUGGAGAUCAUAUGCUGAAACACUCACGCUUCUUGCGUCGAGUUUCCCUGUCGAUCAGCUCCCAGAAGAUAGCUAUCUCCUCGAUGAAGACGUCGAAACGAUUGGUUUCGAGCCUCUGAUUUGCGACGAGACGCUGAAAGUCUGGUAUAGCAACGGCGAACUGAAGCCUAAAGGGGCGGAUCUUGAGCGCAACCACCCCAAUAUCGAGAUGCUGAUGCGGGUCAGAGAUCUGCUCGUAGAUGGUCUUAUCUUGACGCAAAAUCCGGAAGCUCCAUUGGAUCUCGAUGGCCCGCGGUUCAUCUAUCGGGAAGCCGAUUUGCCACCUGUUGCAAGUCCGAGCAAUCACGACCUAGGAUCACCAGCUCCUAUGGCCGAGUCCAUGGAUUUCCCAUUGUUCCCAUCGGAAGUGCCCGUGGCAGAAGAUCAAAAAUCGCAAAGUGUCGUAGCACCCUCUGAAACUGCUUCGACCACCACUACCAUAGCAAGAGAAUCGGCCAUGAACCGCAUGGUAGACGACUUAGUUGGCGUUGAUGAUGGUUUGGACCCCCUGCCGGAAGAGGACGAAAACGUUCCCCCAACUCCACCGGAACAAACGUUCGAGGAUACGACAUUGAAUGCAGGUGCAACUUAUGGCAUGGCCGCGAUCUCCAUUCACGAUCUUGUCAACAGCGUCCAAAAUUACAGGAAGACAUCUGCUUCACCGUCCACAGCUAUGCCUCUCCUGUCCACUCCAAUGAACAGGGUAGCAUCCUCAUCCUCCGUGCGAGGACCAGCUAAUCUUCCAUCUCUUCCUGAUGGGCACUCGAACUCGGCCUCUAUCUGGAACCGCAAUUAUGGUACGCCGACACCUGCAUCGCCUUCAAUGCUAAACAACAACGAUUUGGGUCAUUCUCCGUUGAAUGGCAUGCAGUCGUAUGGCCAUGUUCGCGGAGAUUCGGCGAACUCAGCCCGCAGCUACGAUUAUAGUAUCGGCAGUACAGUCGGUACCGCCCGUCCUCUCUCGGGUGGCUUGGGAAACGGCGCAAUGUGGGCAGGGCAUCCCGUUGAUUCGUCUUGGCAAUCCGCCUACAGUAAUGAAAACCACAACGGGAUGUAUAUGAAUGGGUAUACAAAAGACAACGCAUACAACUAUGAUCACGGGUUCAAUGCCACCACCGAGCUCAACCUCAUGGGCUCCAUGGGCUGGAAUAGCCAGUACGCCGAGCAACAGUCGUAUGGGCGCACGCCUCCUGGUGGCCAAGCAGGCUGA